GAAUUUCAGUGGGUAUCAGUAUCUCUGUGAGGAUAAGGGUUAUGAAUCAUGCCCAUACAAUACAUAAGAAUUUUUCAUUGAAGCCCAACAAUGGAAUGUUCUGAUCAGCCCAUCAUGUUCACAGACUUUUACCAUUGUUUGAUAUGGCGCAGUUGUCAUGUGACAAAUGACACAUAUCCUCCUUCCAUUGAGGGGAGUAAAUCACCUUUAGCCAGAAAGGAUAAGUAAUGUACAGUGGAGGAGUGCUGCUGAUUGCAAUAAUUAUUCUGAAUCUAAAUCUAAAACUUUACAAUAAAAUGCAGAUACAUUUAGUGGAGUAACUUCUACACCAGGCCUAUUUAACUGGCAACCCGUGGGCCAAAUUCGGCCUGUUUGAAAUUUUAGUGGCCCACAUGAGGUUGACAGUUGCCUUGGGGGCUUGAGUGCUCUUCACCGAGCACAUUUUGUGUUUGUUCGCACUGUUUUUCAAUUGUUUUCCUAUGUAAACUUGUGCUAAUGGAUGAUGUGCCAUGUCUUGAUGAUUUUAAAAUGUCUCGUGCAGGAGCACUUUGUUUUAGAUGCUUUUAGAGGUUGUGUUUUCUGUUGUUUUGACGGAAGGGGAAGAUUAAAGAUCUAAAAUCAUGGAUGAUUGACAAGAGUGAGUUUGGAGAAACAGAAAAGUUCUAUUCAUUCAUUUGGUCAUGGAAUUCAAUUUGAAAAUUCAAACGUUUAAAUCGUUGCAUCUUUAAUAAACUUUUUAGUUUGUUACUUUUUUCCUCCCCUUUUCUUCUCCAAUUUGGAAUGCACAAUUCCCAAUGCUUUAAAUCCUUGUGUUGGCGUAGAGACUCGCCUCAAUCUGGGUUUCGGAGAAUGAAUCUCAGUUGCCUCCGCGUUUGAGAUGUCAAUCUGUGUGCAUCUUAACGUUAUCUCAAGUUACCUGUAUUUAGUUUUUUCCAGAAUGUCCUGCUAGGUGGAAAUUUUGCUAAUUUAUAUAUUGAACAAAUAUUAUAUGCCUAGUAUAACAGAAUAUCUGUAGAUAGAAGCUUUAUAAUUUAUUUAUUAACAAAAUAUCCUUUCUUGGCCCAUGUACCCCUAAGAUUUUUUCCAUCUGGCCAACUUGUCAAUAAAGUUGAAUAGCCCUGUUCUACAUGUUUGUUCUAUGCCGGAAAUGAAUUAUAGCUAAAAUUGUGUGACUUGUUUAGCUAUUAUUACUAGGUAGUUUGCUAGUACUUCUCGGAGAGCUCUGACUUAAUAUUUUCAUCUGGCAAAUUAAAAAAUGGUUAGAAAAAUACCAUAAAAUACGUUUGAAAAAAGGACUUGAACCAUAUGGUGUCAGAAUGGGGUUCGAACCGUGGUGAAGAGCUCUUCUCAUUUGUGCCAGUAAAAGCAAACAACCUAGAAACCACCCAGAAUACCCCACUAAUCAUUAGGGAUGUGCAUGGUAACCAUUUGUAAUAUUUGGUUAAGCGUGAGGGUUCACGUACCAUCAUUAGGUGGGAGUUGGGACUCUGGAAUGAAAAACACUUAUUGCAAUGGGAUAUGCAUAAAACACUACUCAAAAUAGCAUGGAAUAAAUUCCACAGUGAGCCAUGAUCUUAAAUACCACAAUACAUAGAUCUUCAAAUAAUAAAAUCACUCGCAUUGAAGUCAAACAGAAAUAAUACAACUUUUACUGUCUACAACAUAGCCUUAGUUUUAACCAACUUAAAUACAUAAUUUAAAGGGAUAGUGUGCCCAAAAAUUCUCUCAUCAUUUACUCACCCUCAUACCAUCCCAGACGUGUAUGACUUUCUUUUGCUGAACACAAACAAACAUUUAAGAAGAAUAGCUCAGCUCUGUAGGUCCACACAAUGUAAGUAAAGUGACCAGAACUCCAAAAGGAGUGAAAGUAAACCAUAAGACUCCAGUGAUUUAAUCAAUGUCUUCUGAAAUUAUCCAGUUGGUUUUGGGUGAGCGAAAGACAAAAUGAUAACUUCUUUUUCAUUAUAAAACUACACAUCAGUCUCCUUGGCGAUCAUGAUUUCAAGUUUGAUUCCACUUCCUAUAGAACCAUCUUGUGCUCUGUGCAUUCGUCAAGCGCUAGCAAGUGUAAUCAAGCUUGAAAUCAUGAUAAGGCCUAGAGACUGCAAUGGCAAAAUGUACUGUGAAAAAGGAGUUAAAUGUUUUGGUCUGUUCUCAACCAAAACCAACUGGAUUGCUUCAGAAGACAUGAUUAAACCACCUGACCCUGGCACAAAACCUGAUGGUCGGGAUCAGAUUGGGUUGAAGACCUCUAUUAUAUGUGUCGAACAACCGAAUAGUGAUUUUGGUAUUCAAAUACAGGGACGUUGAAUGGUUAACAGAAUAAUGACUAUCCAUGCACAUCCCUAGUAAUCAUCUGGCUACACUCUGGCAACACAUAGAUCAAUAUGCUAAAGACUACUCAGAACACCUUGGUAACAGCAUUAUGGUGGCGAGCAAGCACCACUCACAUUUUCUUAAUACUUUUUUUAAUCAUUAAUCAAUGCUCUGUUGGUGUUUCAGCGCCACAUGUUAUUUUGGCUCUGCUGUUUUUUGCUCAUUAUUUUUAUUGUAUUUUUUUGGACAGACACUUUGUUGCUGCAGUUAUGGCACAAUCUAGUGAUGCAGUCAGCUGGUCAGUAAUGAAAUUGCGGCUAAUUUCCUUCCAGCACUUCCCUCGUUCUCAAGAAGUUUCUGCAGAGCGACUGGCCCGGGCAGGGUUUUAUUACACAGGAGAAGCAGACAGAGUGCGCUGUUUUAGUUGCAAUGCUACAGUGGAGGACUGGAAAAGUGGGGAUGCCCCAUUGCAGAGGCAUCAGCUAGCAUCUCCUGCCUGCUCAUUCCUCAGUUGUGCUCACGGCUUGAAUGUUCUGAAUGACUUGUCCAGUGACUGUGCUUAUAACGAAGAGGCAGAAUCCAGGGAGUUCCUCCUCCGCACGGGAGAGGUGGUGGACGAGACCAUAUAUCCCAAUGUGCCACACAUGAGGAGUGAGGAAGCUCGGCUGAGAACUUUCAGUAACUGGCCCGCAAACUCUCCAGUCCAGCCCUGCGAUCUGGCCGAAGCAGGGCUGUAUUACCUUGAGAGGGAUGACAUUGUGCAGUGUUUCUGUUGUGGGGGGAUGCUUUCAGGAUGGGAGAGGGGCGAUGAUGCCUGGGGUGAACAUGCAAAGUACUACCGAAAUUGCUCCUUUAUCUUAGGCCAUGAUGUGGGCAACGUGCCACUGUCAACACCCAGACCCAGGGUGAAUGGUGACAGGGCCUCUCUUGAGACUUUUGAGGGGCGCCUUAAUAGUUUCAGUAGCAGAAAACACCACAUAGACCACAACAGACUGGCCCGAGCUGGCUUCUACAGUACAGGAGACAGAGACAAAGUGAUCUGCUUUAAGUGUGGAGGAGGAGUGAAGGACUGGAUGCCUGAUGAGGAUCCUUGGGAGGAGCAUGCCAGGCACUAUCCAGGCUGCAGUUUCCUUUUGGAAGAAAAAGGAAAAGAAUAUGUCAGCCAUGUGCAACUGAGAUAUCCUAUAGGACAGCAUUCAAGGUCAAGUCAGAAUGGCUUUUCAAGUCAAGAGGGAGCCAAGCAGUCAGAGAUUGCACAAAAGGCUGUUGAAAUGGGUUUUGACCCAAUCGAAGUGGAGAAAACCAUUCUGCAGAAGAUACGUCAGAACAGUGAAGGUUAUACCUCAAUAGAAGCACUUAUUGAAGACCUCAGUGGACAGGAGAAUGAUUCUGAUGUACCUAAAAAACCAGAGGACCCUAUGAAGAAACUUGAGAAACUCCAGAGGGAGAAGCUCUGUAAAGUCUGCAUGGACAGUGACAUUGGCAUCGUCUUCAUUCCCUGUGGACACUUGGUUACUUGUCAAAAGUGCUCUGAUUCUCUAGACAAGUGUCCCAUCUGCUUUGCCACCAUCACACAGAAGAUAAAGACCUACAAUGCCUAAAAAAACAAAUGAACCAAAACUCCAAAUGAAACCCUGAUAUCAUUGAAUGUGUCGAAUACUAAUCAUUCCUUAAAUUUAUUUUGUGUAUUUGAUUUAAGCUAAUUGUGAAUAUAUGUAUGCUCCAUAUCCACAGAUGUACUAACUUUUUGUAAAAUCAUGUAUUUUUUCGUUGAGGCUAAAAAUAACAAGUUGUACAUUGUCACAUGUUUGUUUUUGUGUAGGGGCACACUACAUAAUUUAACUUGUAUUGUAUUGUAUUGCAGAUGAAAUAAUUUUUUUACCUCCUCUCCACCCCCCAAAAGUUACCUUGGAACAAAAAAAUCUUUAGCUGCUUCACUCAAAUACAGAGGAAUACUCAAUGAUGUUCACCACAGUGCCUUUUUCUAGACUUAUUUUUAUGACUAUUGGCAUCCUGUUUAAUGAUUUGACAUAAUCAUGAACUAUAAUAUAUAUUAUGCAAUGUUUGCUCUUUCAUCCAUUUAUUAUAGAACGAUAAUUGCUUGAGAUUUGUAUUAAUGUUUAAGGCGGAUUAAACGUUACAGGUCAAAACUGGGUUCCUCUUAAUUAAAAUUUUCUAGUAUCAUAACACCUGUAGGAUGUUUUAAGCUGUAUAAACAUGGCAAUAAAAGUAGAAU